AUGACACUCUAUAAGGAGUAUGCUCAUGAAUGUGCCAAGGUAUUAUUAAUGAUUUGGACGGAAACAUUGGCAUAUUAUAGAGAUAAUUUGACACUAAAAACAGCUAUUAAGUCGUUUGUAAAUGCUGUUCUAAGUUAUGGACCAGGACAAGAAAGUUUAAAAUUCAGAUUGCAUUUGAGAUAUGAAUUUCUACAGUUGGGGUUUAAGAAUAUUAUUAACAAGUUAAGAGAACAUGUGAAUCAGACAUGUAAUUCUUUGAGAUGGUUUGUAAUGAAAAUGAAAAUGAAUUAG